GUUUUAUGUGUAAACAAGAAAACUUGGGUUUUCAUUGGCUUGUCUCCUUUGUAUGGCAGACGACUGACUGGCCAAAUAUGGCCUUACAGUAGAGCUUAUAUCACCACUUGAAUAACAGCCAGAGUUUUGCAUUUUUUUCAUGUGAACAGAGUGUUGUUGGAAAAAAAAUUAAAUUGUAAAAUCCCUUUAUAGGUUUGGACUAGGCCUAACAAGGCUAUCACUGGGAGAAAUGGCAGAAUGCUGGCUACAAAAGAUGAAGAUCAACUGGCAGAGAAGACAGGGAGCACGCAGAUAAGGGAGAAUGAUGAUGAACCACACCAACCAAACAGAGGACGACCUCUUCUCCUGCUACAGUCCUUCAGUUGUCGGCUACCGCUACUUUGCUGUGCUGUGCGGAUGUGCUGUGACCAUCAUAGGUACGGUGGGGAACUUGAUGACCAUUCUAGCCUUCGCCACAGAUCCUCAUCUGAGGACGCAUUUCAACAUGCUCAUCGUCAACCUGGCUCUAGCUGAUCUCCUGUAUUGCACCAUACUGCAGCCCAUCUCAACUGACUCCCAUCUGCACCUCAGAUGGCGCACUGGUCAGCUGUGCUGCAGAAUCUUCGGCCUGCUCCUCCUUCUCUCCAACUCUGUCUCCAUUAUCACCCUCUGUCUGAUAGCAGGCAGCAGAUACCUCAUGGUCGUCAAGAGGGCUGUGUUUGACCGUGUCUUCUCUGACCUUGGUCUUUCUUUACUCAUCAUCUCAGCAUGGACACUAGGCCUGGCCAGCUUUGGCCCACUAUGGUAUGGUUACGUGUUUGUGCCGAAGCUGUGUGUAUGCACCAUCACCCGGACGACAUACCAUCCCUACACCAUCAUCCUGCUCUUGUUCUACUUUUUUGUCGGUCUUGGAUGUAUUGGUACAUUUUACUUCCUCAUCUACAGACGUGUCAGGAUUGCAUCACAAGCUCUACUCCACUACAGGUUCAGCUGCCAAUCUUCCUGGAAGAAAACCACUUCUUCAGCACACGACACCAAUGACAGUGGAGUGGAGAGCAGUGUGGCCAACACAUACAGCUGUGAGAUGAGCAGCCAUGGAGAAUUAGACAAAAAUACAGAUGGGAUCACUAGUGAAAAGUCUUCUCAAUCUACUCACAGCUCUGCCACAGCUGAAUCAACAACCAAGUCUACCUGUGAGAUCGUCACUACAUCCUCUUCACCCACACCUGCUCCCACAAAUGCAGCCUCCUCCUCCCACUGCACAGCCUCAGGAGAUGAUAAGGAAAUGAAGCAUGUGACACACAUGUGUUUAGCUGUUUUCCUGGGUUUUGUGUUCUGCUUUGCCCCCUUCCUUUUGAUCAACAUAGCCGACGAACAUAACCGUGCCCCACAGGUUUUGUACAUGAUCUUUAGAAACCUCUCCUGGCUCAACAGCUGUAUCAACCCUGUGCUCUAUGCUGUCAUGAACAGACAGUUUCGACAGGCCUACCAUGUGCUGCUCACCAGGGCUGCAGCACCAUUCAUCUGCCUGUGGACCUGGUGGUCAUCUUCUUGAGCACCUGACCUCAUGGAAUUGAAAGAGAGUUAUAUGUAACACAUUUUGCUCUUACCUGUAGUACAAGUCUGUCUAUCAAGAUUGGAAAUGUGUUCUUUAGCACUUUGAGCACCACAAGCUAGUUCUUGUCUUAUCUAGUUCAGAUAUCAAAACUCUGCAACUCACACUGAAACAACCUAGAUGGAUGAAUAG